AUGCCGUCGAAUCUCUCAUCUGAAGAAAUUUUGUCCUCAUUCCAAUCUAUACUCGAUUACCAGAACUAUGGCAAGUGGGACGAGCUUGAAACCUACAUCCAGCCAAUUGUCAAUACCGUUGGCGGCUCACAAAAGCGCGACGAGUUCAUCAGCUACCUUCGCUCCGGUGCUGGAGACGGAAACCGAAAGUCGAAGCUGGAUAGCUAUAUCGUGGAUCAUGGUUCCCAAGCUAUAGCCGCUAGAAUCAUCAGAAUCGAAAGCGCCCAAGAUGGAAGUGCCACUUCCGAGUACCAGCAGGUCAUAAUGGCCUGGUUUGUUGAUGGUUGUCUCUCAACCUUCAAAACGAUACAAGACAAUGACGCGAGCCGAGCAAGGCAACCUAGCGCACCGAGAACGCCUGAUACACUUGUCCGGGGAGUGCCGACAUCACUGGACCUCAGAGCACAAUACCACCGGUACAUCGCCAGCAUGAAUAACAGGACCAUGGAAGCCGAGUUUGAGAAUUUUGUGCAACCCAUCGUCACCCACAAUGGCCGCACGAUGACAACAUCAGACUGCAUGAAACCGAUCGGAAUGAACCAAGAGACAAUUGAGUCACUCGAGCUUGAGGUACAAGACAUGCUGGUUGACAAUCAAUCAGGGACGGUUGCCGUUCGAAUCAAGUUCACGGGCGUUUCGGUGGGAGUGUGGGGGAACGCGGGACCCAGCCGCAAGCCUGUGACGUUUCAUGAGCAUGCCAUGUAUUGGUUUGAAGGAGGCAAGGUGUCCUUUGUUUGGGCUGCUCUUGACUUUGAUGAGUAUCGACAGCAGCUGAAGGAGGGUAGCUGA